AUGUCCAUCCCUGAAGCAGACAAAGUCAAGAUGCCCUAUGUCCGUUUGGGCAAUUCAGGCCUGAAGGUUUCCAAAAUUAUUCUGGGGACCAUGUCCUACGGAAGCCCGGAGUGGCAGAAGUGGGUGCUUGGCGAAGAGGAAGGUAUCCAACAUAUCAAAUACGCAUACGAAGCCGGAAUCAACACGUUCGACACUGCAAAUGUGUAUUCCAAUGGGUUGUCUGAAGUCAUCCUCGGCAAAGCUAUCAAACAGCUGAACCUACCCCGAGAUGAGAUUGUGGUUUUGACGAAGGUUUAUGGCACUGUUGGACGAGAGCCCUCAACCAUCUUCGGUCCUUCGAACAUUAACCCAGACGAAUACCGCUACGUUAAUCAGCAUGGGCUCAGUCGGAAGCAUAUCUUUGACUCGGUCAAGCACAGCCUGGAGCGAUUGCAACUCGAUUAUAUCGACCUUCUUCAAUGCCACAGGUUUGACUACAACACGCCCAUCGAGGAAACCAUGCAAGCACUCCACGACGUCGUCAAGGCAGGAUACGUUCGCUACAUCGGAAUGAGCUCAUGCUACGCCUGGCAAUUCCAGGUCAUGCAAAACUAUGCCAUCAAGAAUAACUUGACACCUUUCAUCUCCAUGCAAAAUCACUACAACCUUGUCUACCGGGAGGAAGAACGGGAGAUGUUCCCGACACUGAAGCUCUUCGGUGUCGGCUCGAUUCCGUGGUCGCCCCUGGCUCGUGGCCUCCUGACUCGCCCACUGAGCGAGCAAACAACUCGUGGGUCGACGGAUUUCUCGAUCGGCAAAUACGGUGCUGGUGCGGGAACAGAAGCCAUUCUCGAACGAGUUGAAGAAGUAGCCAAAAAGCGAGGGCUUACCAUGGCUCAAGUCGGCGUUGCAUGGAUUUUGUCCAAACCAGGUGUGACAGCACCAAUCGUCGGAACCACCAGCUUGAAGAACCUCGAGGAUCUCCUCGCUGCCGUCCACAUCACACUUACUGAAGAAGAGAUCCUGUACCUCGAAGAACCUUACAAACCACAGGCAAUCAUUGGACACACUUGAGCAUGUUUCCUACCUUGGUUACGCCACAACAAUGUAAAAGCUCUGGAAUCCUAAGCUUUAAUACAUACUAUUGUACGAUCGAUUGAAUUGACAGUCGGUUGUGGG